AUGCUGUUCUUGCUUCUGCUCCUUCUGUUGCUGCCACAGGCUAUCAGUGACAACUUCAAGGGGAGCCAUGGAGGAGACAACAACUGCUACUUUGAUUAUUAUAAGCCUAAAAAGCAUGUCAUUGGGGGAAUUUUAUCAUUGCAUGAUAGUGUUCAUUCACAUGAGAACUUCACGAUUAUACCCAUGUGUUUCAAGAAAAAUGUGUUUCAGCCCCUGCUGAAGCGCUUCCAACAUGUGUUUGCUAUUGUUUUUGCUAUUGAUGAGAUCAACAAGAACCCAAAACUCUUACCCAAUGUUACCUUGGGGUUCCACAUCUAUGACAAUUUCAACCUUCAAAUGAUGAGCUAUGAUACCAUCCUGAGCCUUUUGUCGUCACAAAAAGAAAGUUUCCCUAAUUUCAAGUGUGGGAAGAAACCCCAGAUUUCAGCAAUUGUUGGAGGGCUAACAUCUGACACUUCCAUGCAGAUAGCCAACGUCUUAGGCCUUUAUAAGAUUCCCCAGCUCAGUUAUAGUUCAGUUCACCCAGCAUUAAAGGAUAAACCUCAAUUCCCUUUUUUCUACCAAAUGGUUCCAAAUGAAGUCUCUCAGGACGAAGGAAUAGUGCACUUGAUACAGUAUUUUGGAUGGACAUGGGUUGGACUCAUUGUAUCCGAUGAUGACAAUGGAGCUGAGUUUGAGCUACGCUUGAAAUCAGUGUUCAGUAGGAAUUCCAUCUGCAUCGCUUUCGCAGAAAAGGCACCACGUGUUGCCUUCAGUGGAGUGGAUGAAUAUGGAUAUAAGUUUCACUAUAAAGAAGAGGAUUUGUUUGCCCUUAGCGUGACCACAGCCAAUGUGAUCAUUGCAUAUGGAGAUACUUAUGCCAUGAAGGUUUUUCAGUUAACAUUAUAUCUACAUCAACCAUUCAAGAAGACACCCUUAGAGAAGGUUUGGAUCAUUCCAGCUCAGUGGGACUUGACCUCAGCCUUUUUGCUUAAAGAGUGGGAUUUCAAAAUCUUCCAUGGUUCCUUGUCCAUGGCAAUCCACAGCAAGGAGGUACCAGGAUUCUGGAGCUUUCUCCAGAACUUCAAUCCUUACCAGCACCAAAAUGACCUUUUUAUCCAACAAUUCUGGUAUGCUAUGUUUCAGUGUUCAAUUUCAAAUUCAUUUGCGGCUGAAGUAAAUAUCAAUCUCUGUUCUGGGGAGGAAAUGCUGGAGCAUCUUCCAAAUACUAUAUUUGAAAUGAGUAUGUCUGGUGAGAGCUAUGCUAUCUAUAAUGCCAUCUAUGCUAUGGCACAUUCUUUACAUGUCGUGUACUCUUCUAGACGGGUGUUGAUGGGAGAAGCACUCAGAUUGGACCUUUGGAGAAUGGAACAAUGGGAGCUUCACACUUUUUUGAGAAAAAUCCGUUUUAACAACAGUGCUGGAGAUGAAAUAUAUUUCAAUGAAAACUUGGAAUCAUCCAUUGGAUAUGAUAUUCUUAACAUGGUUACUUUCCCCAACAAUUCUUUCACCAAAGUAAAAGUUGGAAAAGUAGUUUCUCAUGCUUCCUCAGAUCAAAAAGUUUACAUGAAGGAACGUGACAUUAUAUGGCCCAACAAAUUCAACCUGGGAAGGUGUGAUUACAUUCCAUCUGAAAAAUGUGACAGCACUGACUUCAGAAUACAGUACCACAUUCUUUAUGCAAUAAAAGAUGCCAUCUUGGAUAUCACAGAAAAGUCCGUGAAGGAGAACAAUCUUGCUGCUAUGAUUGUUUCAAAUGUGCAGACGGAACAAUUUCAAACCAAGUGGUCCUGGUGCUUGGAACCUUCAUCAAACACCAGAAUACCCCCAUUGUCAAAGCCAACAACCGGGACCCUUACCUACCUUCUGCUAAUCUCCCUUUUGCUCUGCUUCCUUUGCUCCUUGCUGUUCAUUGGACGACCCAGCAAGGUGACCUGCCUUCUUCAACAAGCUACCUUUGGAAACAUAUUCUCUCUUGCACUUUCCUGUGUCCUGGCUAAGACCAUCAUUGUGGUUGUGGCAUUUAUGGCCACAAGGCCUGGAAGCAAGAUGAGGAAAUGGGUGGGCAAAAGGCUAUCCAACUAUUUUAUCCUUUUUGGCUCUCUUGUUCAAGUUGGCAUCUGUUCUGUCUGGCUAUUCACUUCUCCUCCAUUCCCAGACCUUGAUAUGAUCACACAGCCUGAGGAGAUUGUGUUGCAAUGUAAUGAAGGCUCAGAUGCCAUGUUUUACACGGUCCUGGGCUACAUGGGCUUUCAGGCCAGUGUCAGCUUCACAGUGGCCUUCCUAGCCAGGAAACUGCCUGACAGUUUCAAUGAAGCCAAGUUUAUCACCUUCAGCAUGUUGGUCUUCUGCAGUGUCUGGAUAUCUUUCAUUCCAGCCUAUCUGAGUACCAAAGGCAAAUACAUGGUGGCUGUGGAGAUCUUCUCCAUUCUGGCCUCGAGUGCCGGGUUGCUGGGAUGCAUAUUUGUCCCUAAAAUGUACAUCAUUAUUUUGAAGCCAGAAAUGAACACUAGGGACCAGUUCUUUAAGAAAAAAGAGUUUCAUUAG